GUUGAACCUGACGUGUUUUUCUUUUAUCAGCUGAUUGUCAAAAAAAGAUGCAAUUUUAAACAAUAUUUGGCAAAAAGAACUUAAGCUCGUGUACGAAGAGUUUAAAUAAAUUCCUAGUAUGUCUUUAGAAUCGAAAUACAACCUGAAGAGUCCAGGCGUGAAGAGGCUCAUGAGAGAAGCUUUGGAGUUGAAAAAUCCGACUGAAGAGUACUAUGCCAGCCCUAUCGAAGAUAAUCUUUUCGAGUGGCAUUUUACGGUAAGAGGACCCCCCGACACCGAAUUUGAAGGGGGAUUUUAUCAUGGAAGGAUCUUAUUACCACCCCAGUAUCCAAUGCAACCACCCAACAUAAUCCUAUUAACUCCCAAUGGUAGGUUUGAAGUGAACAAAAAAAUAUGCUUGUCGAUAUCAGGAUAUCAUCCAGAAACUUGGCAACCUUCCUGGUCAAUCCGGACUGCUUUGUUAGCUUUAAUUGCUUUUAUGCCCACUAAAGGUGUAGGAACAAUUGGCUCACUAGAUUAUACACCAGAGGAACGAAAAACCUUGGCACAAAAAUCACAAAACUGGGAAUGCACGACGUGUGGAAAGAUUGCAGAUAAAUUGAUAACAGGUGAUACAGCAAGCAGUCCGGCUCUAACUCAGGAAGAAAGCAGCAUGUUGCAGAGUAUUGCGCUAAAGGCUGAAGAAGAUGCAAACAGGAAAGAAACAGAAAAUAUUGAAUCAGCUGAAGAAAACAAAGAGAAAGAAGAUGAUAAACCAACAAGGUGUGGUAGAAUGGCCAAAGUGUUUCAUGAGCCUGACAGUGAAGAAACGAGUGUGAGACGACGAGAUAUUGCUGAAAGUGGUUCAAAUGAACCACAGGUAGAAGUGAAUGAUAUGAUCAAUCAAAUACAACCAUCAAAGGAUAAGGAUAUAUUGUGGUCUUUAGCAAUCUAUAUUAUACUAUUUUUGAUCGCCAUCCUCUUGAUUAGACGAAUAUUUUUCAUGUAAUUAGCAAAUAAAGUAAUAAGUAACAAUUGAUAUAUACACUUAUACAAAAAAAACUUUUAUAUGAAUAUAUAUUUUAAACUGUAUUAUUAUUUAUAUGUAGAUAACAGGGUAGAUAAAUAAGGCGGAAGUUUCCUAAAAAUUAUAAGUAUUUUCGUUUUUGUGAUUUAAAAAAUGUAUAUUUUUCAAUGUUAAAUAUAUUUAGUAUAUACCUAGUGCCAGUAUCUUUAUUAUGUAAAUUUUCAAGAAGUAAAACUCAAAAAGAGUGGUUAAUUGUAGUAUUUUAUCAGUUUUUGUAAGAGAGAUCAUCAAUCAUUAAGAAUGUACAAAAUGAAAGGGCAAUAAAAAUAGUUUUUUUUUGUUUUAUA